CGGUGACGGCGUUUCAAGUAUUAUGUCAAAGGGAACGACCAUCAAGGAGGCCAUCAAACGAUGGGAGGAAAAGCACCCGGACGAGGCGAUCAAAGAGGCCACAGAUGUGGGCUUCCAGUUUCAGUUCCCGCCCAUCGAAAAGAUGGACAACUCGUUGGCAGCUCUCGUCAGUGUACAGAAGCUGAGUCUUAGCACGAACAUGAUUGAGAAAAUAGCGGGAAUCAACUCGCUGAAGAACCUGAAGAUACUCUCGCUCGGACGGAAUUACAUAAAGAACUUGUCCGGCCUGGAGGGUGUUUCGGAUACGCUGGAGCAACUGUGGGUAUCGUACAACUUCAUAGAGCGCGUCAAAGGCGUCGGCGUUCUCAAGAAGCUGAAGGUCCUCUACAUGAGCAACAACUUGGUGAAAGAUUGGUCCGAGUUUAAUAAGCUGCAGGAGUUGACCAUGCUCGAAGAUCUAGUCUUCAUCGGGAAUCCGCUGUACGAGAAUGUGGAUGAGGCGGUCUGGAAGGCGGAGGCGUCCAAACGGUUGCCCAACCUCAAGAAACUCGACGGUGAGACGGUUCUGAGGGAAGAAGCCGAGGAGGAUUGAAAACAUCGUUUUUUUUUUGUACUCUUCAUGCCCGUUGAUAGAUUAAUAUUAAUAAAAAUAAAUAAAUAUUAGCUAUUUUGUAUAUGUGUGUUUGGUUGCCUAACGAUUGAAGCGACUUUUGACGAAAUUUCAUAAACAUAUUCGUCGCCGCCACUGUUGGCUUUUUUGUAGAGUCGAUUGCGUACGUCCGCUCGGGCUGCCAUCCAAUUGGAAUAAUAAUAAUAAUACAACUGAAUUGAAGAACCGAUUUAAAUAUUGGUUUUCGUAAGUUCGGUUAUUUUUCUCUUGUCUUUUUCCUCCUACUUUGAUCUCGGAAAAAUCCGAUUCUCUGGCACCGGAAACACAUCCACAUAUCUUCUUCCACUUUCUCGCCGGCCGUCUCCACGUCUCUUGUCUCUCUCGAACGGCGGCAAACACACACACACACUAAGCU